AUGGGCGCCCCAGAAACAGCUGCAAUAUCGUCAGAUACAGAUGUACAAUCUCAACAAGUUCAACCACAGCCAACAGAAAAAGAUCGCGAAAACAUUCAGGUUGAUGAGUCGGUGGAAUUCCAGCACUCGUGGAGACUGUGGUGUGUCUUUAUUGUUCUUUGUCUACUAUCAUUCAUCUCUGCCAUUGAUGCCACCAUCGUCACCACUUCGCUGCCAACAAUCACACGCGACAUUGGCGGCAGCCAAGAAUAUGUUUGGGUCGUCAACUCAUUCCUCUUCACGUCCACAGUUCCGCAGCCGCUUUUUGGCCAGAUCUCGGACAUCUUUGGCCGUCGAAAUCCCAUGAUUGUCGCCAUUGCCCUUUUCGGCCUUGGUAGUGGGCUUGCUGGUGGUGCUCAAAAUCCUGGGAUGCUCAUAGCAGCUCGAACCAUACAAGGCCUUGGUUCAGGCGGAUUGUAUGUACUUUCGGAUAUAAUUGUAUGCGACAUGGUUCCUCCUCGUCACCGUGGCCCCUACCUGAGCGCCAUCCUCUCGACGGCAGCUAUCGGGACGACUAUUGGGCCCAUCAUCGGCGGCGCACUGGCGCUGAAGAAUUGGAGAUGGAUAUUUUGGCUUAAUCUACCAGCCGCAGCCAUAGGAUUGCUCGCUAUUGUCCUUAUCCUCAACGUCAAGUAUACGCGCAGUCCGUCGUGGCGCCAUGCCCUUUCUCGGGUUGACUUCCUGGGCAACAUCAUCUUUGUGCCAUCCAUGGUUAGCAUAUUCUUUGGUCUAAUUAUGGGCGGCACUCGUGGGUACCCUUGGAGUUCUUGGAAGAUCAUCGCCUCGCCAGUUUGUCGAGAACCAAGCAUGCCCCCUCGACUGUUUAAACACCGCACAUCAUCCGGGGGGUUCAUUAUCAUUUUUCUGGGAGCAAUUAUACUCCAGGCUAUCAACUAUUUCUUGCCUGUCUACUUUCAAGGAGUCAAGGGAGCCACGCCACUGAUGUCAGGAGUUUAUUUCCUAGCUUUUGCUCUGGCUAUCAUGCCUUUUGGCGGCAUGGCCGGAUUUUUCAUGUCCAAGACCGGCCUUUAUAUACCUCUACAUUGGUUGGGCUUUGCCCUCAGCGCCAUCGGUGUCGGAUUGUUCUCAACUUUGGAUGAAUCUUCUAGUCGAGCAGCGUGGAUUGGCUACCAAGUCCUUGCUUCAGGUGGUACUGGAAUUAUCUUUACAGCCACGCUACCAUCAACACUGGCAGCGCUCCCCGAGUCAGACGUGGCUGUUGCUACCGGCACCUAUUCAUUUGUGCGUUCAUUCGGGCUGGUUUGGGGCGCUACUAUGGCAUCAAUUGCCUUCAACGGCCAAAUAAAUACACAUGCCGCUUCCAUAAGUGACCAGGAAAUACGCAACUUGCUUAUAGACGGAGGUGCAUACGCAUAUGCUGCUGUACAAAAUGGCGGUAUAGCCGAAUUGCCAGACCCUACCCGAAGCCAGGUUAUCGCCGUCUAUGUGAAAGCUUUGAGAGUCGUGUGGUGGAUUGUUACGGCUAUCUCAGGCCUAGGCUUUUUAGCCACCUUUAUUGAGAAACAUGUUGAGCUUCGUAAGAGUCACUCGACAGAGUAUGGGCUCUCAGAGGAGGAUAGUGCAAGGGAUGGGCGUCAGACUUUAGUUCCAGACGCAAGGGAAAGAGUAUGA